AUCGGGUAAAUAUUUGUAGCCAGUCGUGCGCGACCCAGUCACGAAUCAACUUGUCUCUUCAACCCCGUUGUUCUAGUGGUGAAACUUCUUUUAUCAGGGCAGUGUUUGUCCAGUUGGAUUUAGCGAAGCUCAAGUUUUUGUUCGCCUAAUCUCCGGUAAGCUCUGGCUGCCCACACCACCAACUGGAGAUCUUCCCUACGCGAUCGCCUAUCCAGCCUGGUCAUGGCCACCAUUCCGGUGUACUCUCCGACGAUUCCGUUUUUGGGCCUCGUACCGGGUGGCCUUCGCCCUGGUAGCAUGGUUCGGAUCAAGGGCGUCAUCAACAACCAUGGAGAACGGUGCCAAAUAAACAUUCAAACCGGGGCCGCCCUGAACCCGCGCGAUGACGUCGUGUUCCACCUGAGCAUCCGUCCGAACGAAUCGGUGAUCGUACGUAACACGCUCCAAAACCAAGUCUGGGGUGCUGAGGAGCGCUGGGGCGGUUGUCCGAUCGCGUACGGUCAGCAGUUUGACUUGCUCGUGUUGGCCGAGGUGAACCAGUGGAAGAUCGCCGUCAAUGGGAACCAUCUGGCCACGUUCAGUCAUCGGUUGCCCGUGCACUCGGCGCGGUACGUGUCCAUCAGUGGCGGUUGUGUGAUUCACUCGAUUACGGCGGAGAUGGAUUCGGGUGCGGGAGCAGGUGGCGCUGCCCCACCAUAUCCGGGGACGGUUCCAGGCGGUCCCCACCCUCCCCCGUACGUCCCACCCUACGUGCCUCCGCACGGCGGUCCCUCCAUCGGCUUCGCACCGGUUCCACCGCCGAUGCCCCCACCACCACCGUACACGCCCACGCCAGGCUACCCUCCGGCCGGUGGCUCGGGCCACUAUCCAGGAGGUCCACCAUAUCCCGGUUACCCACACCAAUCCGGCUACCCAGCGGCAGUUCCAUACUCGCCUGCCCCAUCUGCCCCCGUAGCCGCGGUCGGGCUCAUCACGGCGAACCCGAGUCAGCCCCAAACCAUGCGCCAGACGGUGAUUGGUGGAUUCCAGAGGACCAAGGACUUUCUCCAGGAUGCCGUCGGUGGCGGAGCGGCUGCCAAGCCUAAACCGGUGGCCACGGCAACGGUCACGCCGAUGUAUCCUAAUUUACCCACGGUUCCUGGGAAUCCCUAUCCCGCCGCGAGUAGCUAUCCCAACCAGAUUCCGGCGGCCUAUCCGGGAAACGCUGCCUACGGCAGCAUCCAGCAUCAACCGAGUGCGCCACCGUCUCCCAAUGUGGGCUUGCUUUCGGCGGCGGCAGCUUCCGGUGCGGUAGCCUCCGUGCUGCACAAUCUCCCUAAGAAUAAACUAAAGAAGAAGGAUAAGAAGCUGAUGAAGUACGCGCUGGGCGCGGGUGCCGUCGGACUUGGCGGUUACGCCAUUGGCCGGAAGCUUAAGCGGCGCGGAAGUAGCAGCAGUAGCAGUUCCAGUAGCAGCAGUGAUUAAAUUUGUAGUGUUGGUGUUAUUUUGAGUAGAAUAAAAAACAUAUUUCUUAUUAAUCUUAUUAACCUUUCUAAA